UUAGGUCUGACCAACCUGAGCCACAAAUUUCUCUGUGACCCUCUUAGCUUAUCUACAAGGGAUUUCCCACAUCCAAGUUAAUACAAUUCAGAGCCAAUGAAUUUAAGGUGUUCAUUUUGUCUUCUUUUACCUCUGACAAAGAAAUGCAACUGACACAGAACCAAUUGAAGAUAACAACUAGAAAAUGGCAGUCUUGGGAAUAACUUUGGCUGUCAUCCUGAUCCUUCUGGGACUUGCGAUUUUGGCUAUUUUGUUAACAAGAUGGACAAGACGAAGGCAAAACGAAAUUGAUGUCUCAAGAUACAGUUCAGAACAAAGCGCUGGUCUUCUGGACUAUGAGGAUGGUAGAGAUUUUUCCUCUCAAAGAUCUAAACGAGGAAGAGGAUUCCGACAUUCAUAUUCAACAGAAAGUGAUCUUUCAUAUGAUGACCAAGAGGGAUCCAAAGAAUAUUAUACAUCAUCAGCCAACUCUUUAGCACUGUCUCAGUCAAGCAUUGGUAAUGUUGCCCUUUCUCUCCAUGGAUCUGUGAGUGAUACAAAAGGCAUGAAAGCAACUGCAGAACCUUUAGCAGGCACUGCAGGACCCAUAACUGGAGCUAUUGGACCCAUAAUGCAAUUCACAGCACCUAUUCAACUUUCUCAAAAGACUAUUGUGCAAACUCCAGGACCUAUUGUACAAUACACUGGACCCAAAGGCACAGGGUCUUCUGGGAGACCGCCUUCUCAUGCAGUCAGUAAGUCUGGAUCAACUCCACAUGCCAUCACUGGCCCAUCUUCAAUGCCUAAUAAUUUGCCUAUGGCACCUAUAAUGAUUUCACAGAGAACCUCAACAAGACCUGGAAAAUCUACAAGUUACAAGGAUGGAGAACUUGCAAAAAAAUCUGAUUCCAAAGCCCAUAUUCUAAAACAUGAAAGUUCCACAAAGACUCAGAGUAGCCAAGAAGAAACCAAGGCACCUCUAAAGGAAGAAAUUUUAUUCACAGCCCCUAAAGAACCUAUGGCAUCAGCAAACAAAAAAGAAUCAGAAAGCAAAGCAGAGGGUAUUGACUUGGAAAAAGGUGAGAUAGAAAUCAAAGUCAAGGCAAAAGAAAGUGAUGCUGAAAUACUAAAAAGACAGGAAGCCCAAGAAAAGGAGAGUGACUCAAUAAUGCCUAAAGGACAGGAACCCCAAGAAAAGGAGCAUGAAAGUGGACCAAGAAAAGAGCAAGAAACCCAAGAAAAGAGUGAGGGUGGAACACUCAAAGAACAGGCAGCUCAAGGCAAGGCAAGUGAGGCUGGAAUGUCAAGGGAACAAAAAACUCCAGAAGAGAGUGAGACUAGAAUACUGAGAGGAAAGAAGUCCCUAGAAAAGAAACGUGAGGCUGAAAUACCAAGAGAGCAGGGAGCCCAAGGCAAGGUGAGUGAGGCUGGAAUGCCAACGGAACAAAAAACUCCAAAAGAGAGUGAAACUAGAAUUCAGAAAGAAAAGGAGACCCAAAUAAAGAAAAGUGAAGCUGAAAUACCAAAAGAUCAGGGAGCCCAAGGCAAGGUGAGUAAGGCUGGCAUGCCAACAAGACAAAAUACUAUAAAAAGGAGUAGGAUUAGAAUACAGAGAGGAAAGAAGUCCCAAGUAAAGAAAAGUGAAGCUGAUAUACCAGGAGAGCAGGCAGCCCAAAGCAAGAAGAGUGAGGCUGGAAUGUCAACAGGACAGGAGGCACAGGAAAAGAAGGAAGUUUCUAAGGAUCAAAACAAAGAAAGGAAAGAUGAACAGAAUAUGAAAGAUACAGAAGAAAAAGAUGCUAAAAAAAGAAAAGUGAAAAAACCAAAGGUAAAAAAAGUAGCAGAAGCCAAGGAUACAAAACAAAAUGUUCAAUAAGAGUAUACAAGAAAACACAGACCAAAAAAGGCGUCAUAAUGAGGGUGAAUUAAAAGAAAGUCCAUAAGACAACUCGUCAUUAUGAGUCCCCUCCUACAGAUACAAGUCACAUUCCAUACACUGCUUCAAUAGAUCAUGAUCGCGGGAUUCCUUUACACAUCUUCUGUUUCUGCUCUUUGGAAGUUUCACUAUUUUCAGAUCUCUCAAAACAAACCUUACUUUCCAAAUGCUUGUUUUAUAAGUUAAUACUUACAUUAUUUAGUCAAGAAAGCCUGAAAACUU